AUGGAGUCUUUAAAAUCAACUAAAAAACCAAAGGAUUCGUUUCAAACAGAACUCUCAGCGGCUGUAAAGAAACGUCGAGGUUUUAAUCCCCAUGUUGAAUACACUUCUGAAUCUGAAGAUGAUUAUGAUGAUGAUGAAUAUGACGAUGACUUUGAAGAAGAAGUUUCCACCCAUCAUAGUAGCUUGAAACUCAGUCCUAAAUAUUCCCACAAAUCAAAACAAGAUGAUGAUUGGGAAUUACCCUCUUACUUGAAAGAUGAUGAUGAUGACGAUGGUUAUGGAGAUGGAGGAUCAAUGUUUUUGAAACAAUCAACAUCAAAGAAACAAAACAAACCUCUAUUUGAUCCCCUGGGUUUGAACAAGGAUUCGUCGAUGCCUAAUAGUGGAAUGAUAUCGGAAGAUAGUGAAUCAACAAAUAAUGACUAUGCUGAUGACCCAAUUCUUGCAUUAUUGAAUCCCAAACCUAAGAAAGAAAAACAGCCAAAACCAGCAAAAAGACAUGGUAAAAAUAAAGAACCAGAUCAAAGUUUUCUACCAACUGCUGGUCCAAAAAGAAGUUUAUCUCCUCAACAAAGUGGGAUGGAUUUCAGCGGUAAAAACUUUGGUAGCAGUAUUGGAUAUCAGCAAGAAAGAAUGAAAAGUCCAGUCGCUGACUUAUCUUCUCCAAAAGGAAGAAAAUCUCCUUCAAGGGAGAAAGUUAUUAGCCCAAAUAGAUCAGCUGAGUUGAAACGUUCAUUAGAGAUGCAAGAUCAAAGAAGUGGUUUAAUAGAAAAAAGGCCUGGAUCACGACCAAAAACUCCUCAAUCACCAAUGCUAUCUGGGAAACAUAGUCCCGAAUUAAAAGGAAUUAUAACUACAAUGAAAUCUUCUGACUCUCAAAUCAGUCUUGGUGAAUCAAAGAAAAAGAAAGGUAGUGACAAAUCCGAAUCGUUUGUUGACUUCUUACUUGAUCCUUCACAACCAAAACCUGCUCCAAGAAAGAAAGGAAGCAGAACAACUUCUGAAGGUUCUCAACCAAGUCAAUCAUUAUCACCAAAAACAAUUAAAAAGGAAAACAAAGAAAGGAAAAAAUCACCAGAUCGAUUGGGAUCUCCAGAUGUUUUAAAAAAGCAAAGAACACUUUCUGGUGAACGUGAACGAAGUAAAUCUCCAAAACACAGAUCUUUAUCACCUGGUACUGACAAGAGAACCCUUUCAUCAAUGCCCCUGCCUUCCUUACAACCAAUGGCAAAACCUUUGUCAACUCGGACAAUAAAUCAAAAUCAGGGUUUCCAACUACAAGGAGAUAUUUUACCUGAACCUGUUCCAAAGGUUUCUAGAGCUGAAAAAGAAAAGUCACAUUCAGAUGCUGAUGAUCUAUUAGCAUUAUUUAAUCAGGCAAUAAAAGAUGAACCAGUGGAUUUUCAAGCUCAUGCGAGAGAGAAAGAAAAAGUCAAAUCUCCACUUGAUGACAUAGUGCAGAAAACAGCAGAACAAAAAAUGCAUGAAGUUCCUCGACAACGUUCGUCUCGACUAUUGAUUGAUAAUGUUAUUGACAAUGUAGCCCAACAUAACGACGGCUCAUCAUCUGAUCAUAGCUCAAUGUCAGGAAAAGAUGAUCACGAGCACAGAACACCAAGAAAAAGAUCUGGUAGAAAAUCUUACCGAACUCCUCCUGCUAACUACCAAGGACUAGGAUCUCUCACCAUGCUAAAAGAACUAAAAAAGAAAGAUGAAAAAAAAGAUAAAGAUGACUUGAGUCAAUCAGUCACUUCUGAAGAUAUAAGAAAGAAAAUUUAUUUGGAAUGGUUGGCAAAACGAGAGGAAGAAAAAAACAUAAAGAGAAAGCAAGAAUUAAAAGAGAAAAAAGAACAGGAAAAGAAAUUGAAAGAUGAAAAAGAAGAUAAAGUGAAGGAAAACAUGAUUGUCAGGAAAAAGUGGGAAGAAGUUAAAAUUAUGCACAGACUUGAUGGUGGAGGAAGCAGUAACUAA